UAGUGAUUACAGGACUUGCAAGCCGCAAAUGCACCAUAACAUUGAAAAUCAUUUCUGACGGUUGAAAUGAGAUGCAAUGCGUGCUGGCGGGAAUUGGAAGGACGAGCCAUAUCCACCACCUGUGGUCACCUCUUGUGCAACGAAGAUGCCAGCAAAAUCCUCAGUAAUGAUGCAGCUUGCCCCAUUUGUGAUCAAGUGCUCUCUAAAAGUCUCAUGAAACCUGUGGACAUCAAUCCAAAUGAUGAAUGGAUAAAUAUGGCAAUGGCUGGGAUAUCUCCACAGAUUUUGAUGAAGAGUGCAUACAGAAGUGUGAUGUUUUACAUUGGCCAAAAGGAACUGGAGAUGCAAUUCAAGAUGAACAGAAUUGUAGCUCAGUGCAGGCAGAAAUGUGAAGUAAUGCAAGAAAAGUUUACCGAAAAACUGGAGCAGGUGCAUACUGCAUACCAGAAAAUGGCGAAGAGGUGCCAGCUGAUGGAACAAGAGAUUGAGAGCUUGUCCAAAGACAAGCAAGAGCUCCAAGAAAAAUUUGCUGAGAAAUCUAGGCAAAAGAGAAAACUUGAUGAAAUGUAUGAUCAAUUGAGAAGCGAAUAUGAGUCGGUAAAACGAGCGGCCAUUCAGCCAGCAAACAACUUCUACUCAAGAACUGAGCCCGAUUUCUUCUCAAAUCCAGCUAACAUGAUGGAUAACAGAGAUCCUAUCAGAAAAGGGCCUCGAGAAGAUAUUUGGCCACCAGCAAGACAGCAUAGUUCCAACUCUGGCCCAUUUGACAUCUCCAGCGGCUCACCUGCAAAACCAUCAGCAAUUCCUGUUGAUUCUGGAAACAGAAGGCCUGGUGGUCGCCCUGUUUUUGGAGCUGGAACUGGAGCAAGCAACCCCUCAAUGACUUUGAGGAAUCUCAUCCUUUCACCAAUAAAGCGGCCUCAGCUCUCUCGUAGCCGGCCUCAAAUGUUCACAUUGUAGAAAGAACAGGGCAUGCCAUAACUGAAGUACACAAACUCCAAGCAACCAUUCCUCUCCUCUGUGCUUCUGCGGAAAAGAAAAAGUGAAACUCAACCAUGGACCAGCUUUUUGACUUUGCAUUGUAAACUUUGGUUCCUUCCCUCGCAUAUAGUGAAUAUUUUUUAGGUGGAUGGUUAGCCGACAGCAGUUCAAAUAGACGAUGGUACGAAGAAGCUGAUUUUCCUCUUGCUCUUGUAGUCACUGUUGAACAUAGUAGUUAACUAGUUAUGUUAAGAGUCCACUAUUUCUUGCCUUACUCAAACACAACAAAGGGACAUAUUUGUUAAUGU